AUGGCACCCAAUGUUGGUGAUGCCGGCCCUCGUCCAGCAAGUGGCGACUCAGCAACUCCGCCCGGCGUGUCAUCACGCCCCUCGAUGCCUGGCGUUGCGCUCACCACGGCUCAGCAAGCAACGCCGCAACCGCCGUCGGACGCUCACUCCGUCUUUGCUGCAACCUCCCUUAUGGCGCCUGGUCCACCUUUGGCAACACAGAACACGGCCGCACCACCACCAGCCCCACUGACGAACGGUGAAAGCUCAGAUCGUGCACCGUCGAUCAACCGCGAUAGUCUGUGGGCCCCAUGGGCCCGUUGACUCAAAGCGACAUUGACCAAUGGACGGCCUCUAUGGAUGCACCCUCGGUGCUUGCCCCUCAAGAUGCUGCAGGUGAUCAGCCUGGUGCAAUGCAGAUCAUCUCUGUAGCCCCUGCAGCAACGCCAUCGGCCACCAUCGAGCAGGCUGUGGCUCCGGUUCCAACUGUCGGCCCUACGGCCUCUUCUCCUCCGCCCUCUGCUGCUGACGCCGUUGCAGCAGGUGCCUCCUCUCCCUUGGCCAGCCAAGGUUCGCCUGGACGUCGCGGCCGCCGCAACAUGCGCUCUGUCGAGCCAUCAGAUCGGGUGAUGAGGACACGCAAAUGA